CAUCACAUAUUCUGUCCCUUGAUAAAAAAGAAGCCACAAGCUGUAGUGCGAGCACAGACAACUUGGAAGUGGCAUUUGAGCGAAAAAUAACAUCAAACGCCACUUCCAAACGAACAAAUAUUUUAGAUAAAUAAUGCUGGUUGUUACUUUGGCUAGAGCCAACUUGUUGCUUUGAUAUCACUGCUUCUGACUUGAAGAUUCAUUUUUGCUGAAGGAUUCGUCGAGGACUCGCAUAGCUACUUCCGCUAUAGCUAGCUAACGUUACCUCGGUUUCACACUGCAUUACUGUCAAACUCUUAUAUUAUUUCCUACGACCUGAAAUAACAAUUUUGCUUGCAAAAUGAACCAAGGAUACUCAUCUAGAGGUGAAAUGGGCCCAGAAGUAACGGCCGCUGCGACGUUUGUUUCCAGGUUAUUGAGAACAAGAGGCUUCCUGAGUGAACACCAACUUCAUGAUUUCAGAGAUUGUCUUCAACAGUCAUUAUCAGAGCACUACCAGAACCACUGGUUCCCAGACAGACCACAGAAGGGCUCGGGCUACCGCUGCAUCCGAAUGAACCAUGAAAUGGACCCAAUUAUUGGCAGGGCUGCUGGUCGGAUCGGACUUACUAGCGAUCAGCUCUUCGCCCUCCUGCCCCGGGAGCUGACCCUCUGGGUGGACCCUUUUGAGGUCUCUUACCGCAUCGGGGAGGAUGGCUCCAUAUGUGUCCUCUAUGAAGCAGCGGCCCCAGCAGCAUCACCAAGCCCCGACCCCACACAAAACUGCAAGAAUCAAUUUCUGAUCGGUGGCCGCACUAGCCCGCCGAAGAACUACCUGAUGACCGUCUCGAGCUAGUGCGGAACCAGGCAUUACCUCGACUGGCUACGUGAACAGCGUCAGUGUGAAGCCCGUCGACGACCCACAGUGAUUAUUUUUCUACUUACAUUUCGCAGCAUUUACCCCAUUUUUCCUUUAAAAUUUUUUUUUGUUUUUAAAUUUGAGUUUUCUUAAGGCACUGGGUAUUUGUUGUAGUGUUUCUGUUGGGUUAGCUUUUUUUUUUGUAUAUUGUUUGGCUACCAGCCCAUAGGCUCUUUUUGCACUGCAGAGACUCAGUAUGUAGUGUGCUUCUGUCCUGUGGUCUUGGCACACUACAAUCAAGCCAAGACUCAGUGUAAACAAAACAACUCUGGGAUUCUGAUGUUAGUAUCUCAUGGUGCAAUAGAAAUAAUACUUCACACCAUUGCCACUUCUCACAAAUGUAUACUAAAUCAAUCAUAACUGGAGUGUUAAGUAUUUGUUCAGGUACCCAUACAAUUCCAAGAUGAACUUUAAAAAAAUGUUUGUAAUUUGGUGUACUGCUGGUUUAAACUACCUUAACAUGACAAUGUCUGCCCAAAUCCCUUUGCGUUGGAUAUUGCUGCCAAACUUUAUAUCUUGGCUCCUUUUGUGCAAUAGUCAGAGUAUUCAGAGCAACUGGAGUUUGGCUAAAUCUCAACAAAUAGUCAACUAAUUUUAAUCCUCUUGGAUCCUAUUUGAGAAAGAUUUGACUUUUUAAUCUAAAAUAGCUUUACUUUCAACAUGUUCAAAAAGUUUUUUUUUUUUUUAUAUUGACCACUAUUGUGAAUGUUUUUCCUAUGUGAAUCUGUCACUUUGACAAGUGUUCCCUGUUAUUCUCCCCUGGGUAGUUUGCCUUUGUGUAUAAGCUGUGAGGUGGUUGGUUGGCGUCAUAUUAACGUCUAUCACUGCCAGGUAGCGUGAUGCUGUCAGCCCUCUGUAGUGUACUCUCUCCCUACUGAGCUGUUGAGCAGCUCACCAUUGUUUACUGUUCUAGACGGGAAAGAUGUAGAGUUUAAGCUAUUUGAAGCACAGUAUGCAUUUAAUGUACAUUUAAAAAAAGAUGUGCAUAUCUAGAUACUUGUACAGUUUGUCAAUUUUAUUACAAUAAACCUUUAUGAAUUCCA